GAUCCCAGAGUGACAUUUCAUUUCUGUUCCAAUGUCCUCCUGGAUGGUGGACGUGCCUGUCCCACAAUCUCAGAGCACAGGACGGAGAAGGCACGAAUGUCUUCCUUGGCUUCCGCUUCUUCCCUGUGCGCUCUCCACGGUUCCAGCACGAUAGCCGAGCAUCGGGAGAGAAGCCUGUCGGCCACUCCACUCCUGCGUGUCUUGCGUGGGGCACCUUGCCAUCCAUCGCCCACCAUGCCUCUUCCCCUCCAGAUGCCCUGCAGCGUGAACUGGUGACCACUCAGCACCUCCUGGCAGCACUUGACGUUGGCGAUUCGGAAGAAAAUGUGCAGGUGCUGGACUUACUGAGCGAACUCAAGGACGUGACGGAGAAAAAGGACCUUGAGCUCCGAAGGAGCUUCAGCCAGGUGCUUGGAACUCUCCGCAGAGGUGAGCAAAGAGGCAGCCUUGGCAAACCAGGAAGUCUGGGAAGGGACCCAGGGCGUGGCGCCCCCCAGCCAGUGGUAUUUCAAUCAAGAUGGUGCCUGCAGAGAAUCUCGGGGGAGCACCCAAGAACACGCGCCUGUCUGAGGACGACAACCCGGGUGCCCCAUCAGCCCCCACUCAGGCCACGUUCAUCAGCCCGAAGGAAGACUUUUCUUGAAGCAGCCAGGGAGAAGUCCCACCCUCGGUCUCUCGUUCAGGGAGGGACUUGUGGGUGACUCAUGGUUACAUUCAGGACACUUGAGCACUUUAUACACUACCGUAGCCCUGUAGCUAUUUUUAUGUGAUAAUCUCGUUU